UGAAUCAAAGUUAAAAAGAUUAGAUCGAGUAAAGGGAACAAAAUCUCGCAUCGUCGCACGUAGGAAAUCCUGAUUACAGAUAUAUCUGCCAUUCCAAAUCCAAUUUCUUGGCUGGAAAAAAACAAAAAACAAAGAGUCUAAAAUCCCUCAUAAUAGUUGUCUACCAACUGUCAAUAGCCAAAUUCUCUGUAAUUUAGCCAACAAAGUAUAAUGGUACUGUAUGCGGCAUUUGGGAAGUGGAUGACAACACUACACGCUUCUCUUGCGGUGAAUAGAAAUAGUAGCCCUUCUGUUAAUAUGAGAGUCAAGAAGAAGAAGAAGAAGAAUUCUAAAAUUUACAAUUUGCAGCAGAUGAAAGAAGGCGGCGUUCAUUAUAACAGUCUUAAAUUAUUAGAAUGGGAUAAGCUUUGUGAUUCGGUCUCUUCCUUUGCUGGCACUUCCUUAGGUCGCCAAGCCAUCAAAGUGCAAUUAUGGUCCCUCAAUAGGAACUAUGAGGAGUGUUUGAUGCUUUUGCGAGAAACUAAUUCGGCUGUGGAAAUGCACAAGCAUGGUUCUUGCCGCUUGGACUUUUCUGGCAUUGACCUUCUUCUGGUGAAAUCUGGCAUUGAACAUGCUCGGAGGGCUUUGCUAGUGAGUGCAAAUGAAGCUAUUGCUAUAGCUACUAUGCUAGAGUAUGCUGAUAUUUUGCAGCUUAAUCUUCAAGCUGCAAUCAAUGAAGAUGCUGGUUGGUACAAUCGUUUUGUGCCUCUUUCACAAUUGAUAAUGGAACUGGUGAUAAAUAGACCAUUAGUUAGGAUGAUACAUCAAGUUAUAGAUGAAGAUGGCUCCGUCAAAGACUCUGCUAGUUCUGCCUUAAAAAGGUCACGUGAUCAAGUUCAAAUACUUGAAAAAAAGUUAUAUCAAUUAAUGGAUAGCCUAAUUAAGAAUGAUGUGGAAGAAUCAUUUCUGGAAGUGUGUAAUGUCAAGGGGAGAUGGUGUAUAAAAUCAGGGACUAAUCAGUUGAUGAAGUUCAAGGGUCUUUUGUUGCCCAGUGAUUCAGGCGCAGGAAGCAUUUUAGAACCACUCACAGCAGUUCCUUUGAAUGAUGAGCUGCAAAGGGCAAGAGAAUCAGUGGCAAAAGCAGAGGCAGAUGUGCUUUUGAUGUUAACAGAAAAGAUGCAAAAGGAUCUCGAUGGUAUUGAAAAACUAUUGGACGAUCUAAUUCAACUAGAUAUAAUCAAUGCCCGAGCAACCUAUAGUCUUUCAUUUGGAGGUGCAUGUCCAGAUUUAUAUUUACCAGAAGACAUGGAUGGAUUGUUCACUGCUGAAGCAUCAGAGAUGAGAGCUUUAAAAGGAUCAAACCCCCUUGAGAGGAAAUGGAUAUUAUAUAUGCGUAAAGCUUAUCAUCCUUUAUUGCUUCAGCAGCAUAGGCAAAAUCUUCAGAAGGCUCAGAAAGAUGCAAAAAAGGCUACCUCUCAAAAACUCCAAGGGGAUAAUGGCAUGUCGAGGGGAGAAACAGAUCUAGAUUCUUCAUCCUCAGAAAUAAAGGUGUCUGCACUGGAACAAGCACAUCCAGUUCCAGUUGAUUUUCUUAUUGCUCAGAAUUCAAGAGUCCUGGUUAUAACUGGCCCUAACACUGGCGGAAAAACUAUUUGCUUAAAGACAGUUGGAUUAGCUGCCAUGAUGGCAAAAUCAGGUCUUUAUGUUUUGUGUUCUGAAUCUGUACAACUCCCUUGGUUUGAUUAUAUUUUAGCUGAUAUUGGUGAUGAACAGUCCUUGUCUCAAUCUUUAUCUACAUUCUCUGGUCACUUAAAGCAAAUAAGUGACAUUCGGUCUCAGUCAACAAACCGGUCUCUAGUGCUGCUAGAUGAAGUUGGUGCGGGGACAAAUCCACUCGAAGGAGCAGCACUGGGAAUGUCACUGCUCGAGUCGUUUGCUGAGGAUGGUGCUUUAUUGACAAUAGCUACAACACAUCACAGUGAACUUAAAUCUCUAAAGUACAGUAACAGUGCAUUUGAAAAUGCCUGUAUGGAGUUUGAUGAAGUGAAUUUGAAGCCAACUUACAAAAUUAUCUGGGGAGUACCAGGUCGUUCAAAUGCGAUUAAUAUAUCUGAAAAAUUGGGACUUCCAGACAGAGUUAUUAAUAUUGCGCGAGAACUAUAUGGCGCUGCUAGUGCAGAGAUAAAUGAGGUCAUAAUUGAUAUGGAACGAUUCAAGCAAGAGGUGCAAGAGCUUUUAUAUGAGGCACAACAUCAGAUAAGGUAUGCAUUUAUAGCAUAUUCUAUUUGUUUUCCUUAGUGUAACAUGAGAGCAAACAGAGGAAGAAGAUGAAGAAUUGAUGUAUAUUUCAUUGAGGAAUUAGACAUGUAUAUAUACAAGUUUAGGGUGAGUAAAAUAGAAAGGUCAACUUGGAAUUAAAUCCCUAUGAUCAAGCUAUUAUACAAGAUAUGCUUUCCUAUUA